UGGUCCGCACAACCUUUCACCCUGCUGCGGGAUGAGCAGAGCAGCGGCCUGCGCGGGACUCCAUGGAGGAGCAGGCUCGGCCGCCUGGCCGCCCAGCGGCGAGUGCAGCCUUGCCCGGUAGCGCGCAUCCGGGAGAGGCGGCGUCCACGGCCACUGCGGCCGCGCUGUCGUUCAGCUCCGUAGCCACUGUAACGCUGGGAAACCAGAGCGAUGCUGGCAGGCUGGAGGCGGCGGGGUCUCGGGGACCGGCACCUCUGCUAUGGCACGGGGCAGCGGUGGCGGCCCAGGCACUCGUGCUCCUGCUCAUCUUCUUGCUGUCUAGCCUGGGCAACUGCGCGGUGAUGGGGGUGAUCGUGAAGCAUCGGCAGCUGCGCACGGUCACCAACGCCUUCAUUCUGUCUCUGUCCCUAUCUGACCUGCUCACCGCGCUGCUCUGCCUACCCGCCGCCUUCCUCGAUCUAUUCGCACCGCCCGGGGACUCGGGGCCCUGGCGCAGUUUUUGCGCGGCCAGCCGCUUCUUCAGUUCGUGUUUCGGCAUCGUGUCCACGUUCAGCGUGGCCCUCAUCUCGCUGGACCGCUACUGCGCCAUCGUGAGGCCGCCGCGGGACAAGCUGGGCCGGCGGCGCGCGCUGCAACUGCUGGCCGGCGCGUGGCUAGCUGCACUCGGCUUCUCCUUGCCCUGGGAGCUGCUCCGAGCCCCCCGGGAGCCUCCCACUCCGCAGAGCUUCCACCGCUGCCUUUACAGAACCUCCCCAGACCCUGCGCAGCUGGGCGCCGCCUACAGCGUGGGCUUGGUGGUGGCUUGCUACCUGCUGCCCUUUCUGCUGAUGUGUUUCUGCCGCUACCACAUCUGCAAGACCGUGCGCCUGUCGGACCUGCGCGUGCGGCCCUUGACCACCUACGCGCGCGUGCUGCGCUUCUUCAGCGAGGUGCGCACGGCCACCACCGUGCUCAUCAUGAUUAUCUUCGUCAUCUGCUGCUGGGGCCCCUACUGCUUCCUGGUGCUGCUGGCUGCGACCCGGCAGGGUCAGGCCACGCAGGCUCCCUCGCUGCUCAAUGUGGCAGCUGUUUGGCUGACCUGGGCCAAUGGAGCUAUCAACCCGGUCAUAUAUGCCAUCCGCAACCCCAACAUUUCCAUACUCCUAGGACGCAACCGCGAAGAGGGGUACAGGACUAGAAACAUGGAUGCUUUUUUGCCUAGCCAAGGCCUAGGUUUUCAGGCCAGAAGUCGCAAUCGCCUUGGAAAUGGCUGUGCAAACAGGCUUGGGGCUUGCAGCAGGAUGCCUUCUUCCAACCCAGCUAGUGGGUCAGGAGGGGAAGUGGUCAUGUGGGCUCGGAAAAACCCAGUUGUGCUCUUCUUCCGAGAGGGCCCGCCAGACCCAGUUAUGGAAGUCGGCAAACAGCAUAAACCUGAAACCAGGGACAGUAGCAUUUAAGAAGGGUUGGGGUGGACAGCUUGUAAUAGCAAAUUUCCACCCCUCUCACUGAAUGAUGUGGAAAUGCGAAGAGAAUCAUUUAUUUCAUAAAGCCAAACAUUUAAAACUAAAAAAA